AUGAGGUUAUCGCCUUUGUUUCUCUUCCUGGGCUCGACCCUGCUAUCCGGGGUGCAAGCAGCAGCGGAAGAAAAGGAGGACCAAGCCAGCACCUACUUCAACUCCAUGAAGGUGCCACCAAUACUCGAGUUGACACCGGAUACGUUCGAAAAGGAGGUGAAAGCCCACCAAUUCAUGCUUAUCAAGCACUACAGCCCUUACUGCCCGCAUUGCAUCGAUUAUGCGCCGAUAUUCCAGACCCUGUACGAGUUCUACUACACUUCGAAGCCGGAGUCGAAGGAGGACAAAUCCUUCACCGAUUUCUACGAUUUCCGCUUCGCCACGGUGAAUUGCGUUGCCUAUUACGAUCUCUGCGCAUCCCACAGUGUCUCAUCCUACCCCAGCACCAUUCUCUACAAGAAUGGCGAGUUGUCGGAGAUCAUCAAGGGCGUUAAGGAAAUCGAUCAAGUCAGCCCCGUUAUCGAGAAGCACCUGGAAGCGGCCAAGCCUGGAACGAGGCCCCGCAGCAUCGAAUUGCCCGAGGCUGGUGACAAGUACUCCCCCGACAAGGCCCCUGGCAAGACCAACGACUCCAAGAAGCCCGCGAACGAGAAAACGGACACCAAAACGGAUGCGAAGACGGACGCCAAAGCCGAUGAGAAGACUGAUGCGAAGACGCCGCCCAAAGAAGAGACCAAGGCUCCCCCGAAGGCCCCUCCUGCGAAGGAGGAUGUCAAGCCUGCCGAUAAGACCGACGCAAAGGCCGAUGCAAAGGCCAGCACCACCGAGAAGGCCGUCGCUACCCCUACCAAGUCUGUGGUGAAGAAGCCUACCGUUACUCCCAACAAGGACGGCAUCUCUGUGCCUCUUACUGCCGAGAAGUUCCAGACCUUGGUAACCAUGACCCAGGAGCCCUGGUUUGUCAAGUUCUACGCGCCGUGGUGUCACCACUGCCAGGCUAUGGCACCUAACUGGCAGCAACUGGCCAAGGAGAUGAAGGGCCGGUUGAACAUCGGAGAGGUAAACUGCGAUGUGGAGACCAGGCUUUGCAAGGACGUCCACCUUCGCGGGUACCCUACCAUCCUCUUCUUCAAAGGUGGUGAGCGCGUCGAGUACGAAGGUCUGAGAGGCCUCGGUGACUUUGUCCACUACGCAGAGAAGGCGAUCGACAUCAGCGAAGGAGUUCAGGAUGUGGACGCCGAGUCUCUGGAAGCCCUCGAGGAGAAAGAAGAGGUGAUUUUCAUCUACUUCUACGACCAUGCUACUACCAGUGAGGACUUCAUGGCUCUCGAGCGUAUCCCCCUCAGCCUGAUCGGCAAGGCGAAGCUUGUCAAGACAAAGGACCCCGUUCUUUUUUCUCGUUACAAGAUCACAACCUGGCCCCGCUUGCUCGUGUCGAGGGAGGGCCGUCCCACGUACUACCAGCCGCUCACACCCAAGGAGAUGCGCGAUGUUCACCAAGUUUUGAACUGGAUGAAGUCGGUCUGGUUGCCCAUCAUUCCUGAGAUGACUGCCUCCAACGCGCGGGAGAUCAUGGACGGCAAGAUUGUCGUUCUCGGAAUCAUCAAUAGGGAGGACCAGGAAGGCUUCCUCAGAGCUAAGCGCGAGUUGAAGAGUGCCGCCAACGAGUGGAUGGAUAAGCAGAUCCUUCUCUUUCAGCAUGAACGACAAGAACUGCGUGACGCCAAGCAACUCCGCAUUGAUGAGGCAGAAGACCGCGGCGACCAGCGAGCCCUGCGCGCGGCCAAGGCCACCCGCAUCAACAUGGACAAGUCGGACAGGAAACAGGUCGCCUUUGCCUGGGUCGAUGCUGUCUUUUGGCAGAGAUGGAUCCGCACCACGUACGGCAUCGACAUCAAGGAUGGAGACCGUGUCAUCAUCAAUGACGAAGACAACCGCCGAUACUGGGACACAACCAUCACUGGUAACAACAUUCUUUUGUCGCGGACUUCGAUUUUGGAGACCAUUAACAAGGUCGUCACUUCGCCGCCCAAGAUCAAGCCCAAGCUCACCAUCUCGAGCUUCGAGAAGAUCUUCUUCGACAUGCGUGUUACCUUUGUCGAGCACCCCUACCUGACCCUGGGCUGCAUCCUCGGCCUGGCUUUUGGUGCCUUCUCAUGGUUCCGCAGCCGCUCUCGCCGGGGUCGUGGUGGACACUUCCGCUUGGAGGAGUCCUGGGGUAACAAGGAGCUGAUGAAGGAGGGUCUGUUGGGCCCCAACGGCAACGGCAAGGUGGAUUAG